AUGGUGUCCUCGACGUCUGCGCCGCCGCCAAGCAACGCCGCCAGCUCCGAGACUUUGGACGUGGGCGGCUGGCAGGUCGUCGUCACCGACGGGCACGCGGUCCUGCCCAAAGGCAUGACGCACUUGCCAGACGGGACGUUUCAGCUCCGCACCUCUCUCGUCUCGGUCGCCUUUCCGCGCAGCCUCGCCUCCAUCGGCGACGGCGCCUUCUACCGUUGCACCUCGCUCGUCUCCGUCGACCUCCCCGCCAGCCUCACCUCCAUCCGCCCCCAUGCUUUCCGCGGCUGCUCCUCCCUCGCCCACGUCACCUUCCCCGCCGGCCUCACCUCCAUCGGCGACAACGCCUACAAUGGUUGCACCUCUCUCGCCUCCGUCACCUUCCCUGCCGGUCUCACCUCCAUCGGAGUCUACGCCUUCUGCGGCUGCCCCUCCAUGACCCGCGUCACCGUGCCAACCACCCUCACCUCCAUCGGCCACGGCGCCUUCCGCGACUGCCCGCUCACCCGCGUCACCGUCGUCGUCGCCGACGGGCACGCGGUGCUGCCCGAAGGCAUGACGCACCUGCCGGACCUGGCGUUCUUCGAACGCGCCACUCUCGUCUCGGUCGCCUGCCCGAGCAGCCUCGUCUCCAUCGGCGACCGGGCCUUCGACCGCUGCACCUCGCUCGCCUCCAUCGACCUCCCCGCCGGCCCCACCUCCAUCGGCAAGCACGCCUUCGACCGCUGCUGCUCGCUGGUCUCCAUUGACCUCCCCGCCGGUCUCACCUCCAUCAGCAGAGGCGCCUUCUUCGGCUGCUCCGCCCUCGCCUCCGUCACCUCCCCCGCCGGCCUCACCUCCAUCGGCAGCUGCGCCUUCUACGGCUGCUCCGCCCUCGCCAACGUCACCUUCCCUGCCGGCCUCGUCUCCAUCGGCGACUACGCCUUCGACGGCUGCUCCGCCCUCGCCAACGUCACCUUCCCUGCCGGCCUCACCUCCAUCGGCAGCAGCGCCUUCCUCCAUUGCUCCUCCCUCACCAGCGUCACCCUCCCCGCCGGCCUCACCUCCAUCGGCAGCUGCGCCUUCUACGGCUGCUCCGCCCUCGCCAACGUCACCUUCCCUGCCGGCCUCACCUCCAUCGGCGAGCAAGCCUUCUACCGCUGCUUGUCUCUCACAUCCGUCACCUUCCCCGCCGGCCUCACCUCGAUCGGCAGCAGCGCCUUCAACGCCUGCUCCUCCCUCUCCUCCGUCACCGUGCCAACCACCGCCACGAUCGGCUUCGGCGCCUUCCCACUCGCCACCACCGUCCUCCGCCUCCCGCCCGCAACGAUGCGCUGGUACGAGGCGGUGGACGGGGCUCUGGCCUACAAGCGCUGCCGCCCCCUUCUCUACGGCUGGCUAGAGCGGGCCCAGACCAGCCUCGGCUCUUACGGCCCGGACGGCGCGGCGCGCCAGCGCGACCUCGAGGAGUUCGAGGGCGAUUUUGGGCUGCUUGUAGAGUGA